CCGGCACGGUCGCUUUCCCUCUGUUCGUUGUGAUCUACACGGGAGCCUGCCUGUGUAAGUCCACCGUUUGACACCGGAAGCACGUGACUGUCAGCGAUUGGCAAUCGGUUUGCUAGAUCAUCAUCGGUGCAUCAUCGCAUAGUGCAUAGCGGGAAACGAGUUCAAACCACGAUAACGGACACACACACAGUUCUAGUGCUGUUCUUGUGCGGCGGUUUCCCGUAGUUGUCGUUACUGCCAAUCCCACCAGUAGCUCAAGGAUCAUAAACGGUACCGUGGAAUUGAAGCCGCGACACCAUGGGACAAACGGAUCCGCUGGUUGUGCAGUAUCAGGGUGAUUGGUAUGAUCUGACGCAGUUCGCACACAAGCAUCCCGGCGGCAAGAAUUCGUUGGCCGGACUCCAUGAUAAGAAUAUGGAAGAGCGAUUCACACGCGCCCCAGGACACUCACAGGCGGCCAAAUAUCUGAUGAAGGAGUACCGGAUCAGUUCGAAAAAAGAUGAUCCCGCAAAACACACCAAUGGAUACGCCAAAAAUGGAACAACAAAAUCAGCGAAUGGUAAGGUACCGAACGGUACUAAAAAUGGCAUCCAUCCAUCCGGAGCCAAUUCCGGAUUGCACGCCAAGCCGUCCCCGGGGGUGGAGGAUUCAGCAAGGCUAACCGACGACAGCAUGGAGCAUUUGGUCGACUGGAGCAAACCGAUGCUGUGGCAGAUACACAGAAUGCCCUCCGACAGCUAUGCCGAGUGGGUUAAUAAGCCCGUCGAUCGGGAACUGCGCCUGAUCGGUCCCGGCUGGAUAGAGAACAUGACAAGAACACCUUGGUGGAUCGUACCGUCCUUCUGGAUACCGGCCAUCGGUUACAUCGCCCAUCUCGGCAGCCAGGAUCUAGCCAGCGCACGUGGAACCCAACCUUCCUUUCUCUCCAUCGAGCUGUACGUGCAUCUAGUAGUCGGUUGCCUAGCGUGGACAUUGCUCGAGUACUCGUUGCACCGCUGGGUCUUCCAUCUCGAUCCGAAACACAAUCGAUUCCUGCAAACGUUCCACUUUCUGAUUCACGGUCAGCACCACAAGGUACCGUUCGAUCCGUACCGGCUGGUGUUUCCGGUACCACCGGCCAUUGUGCUGACCACGAUUUUCUAUCAACCAAUCUACUAUCUAUUUCCGUACCCGAGGAUCACGCUUGCCGGUGGUCUCAUAGGAUACCUUAUCUACGAUAUGAUACACUAUUACCUUCACUACGGAAGUCCGGCCGGAGGGCAUCUGUAUCACAUGAAACGUUAUCACUAUUCACAUCAUUUCGUACACCAUGAUCAGGGUUACGGUAUCAGCAGCGACUUCUGGGAUAAACUGUUCGGAACGCGAAUUAUGCUGACUAAGCUAAAGUACCUUCUAAAGUGGUGAGGCUUGUGGCGGUGACCGAGCAUGGUGCUUGGGGUACACAUAAAGGCAAUACACGA